CAAUGGCACCACCACCACCUUCUCUUUUCAUUAUAUACGCCACCAUCUUCUCAUUAUCCUUCCACCACUUCUUCCUCCUCCUUCAAGCCUCCACUAACCACCCAGAUUCCCAACCACUAAUGGCAUUCAAAACCGCUUCCGACACACACAACAAACUCACCACAUGGAACUCCACCACCGACCCAUGCACCACCUGGGACGGUGUCUCCUGCCUCAGGAACCGCGUCUCACGUCUCGUCCUCGAAGACCUCGACCUCCAAGGCUCCAUCGAACCCUUAACCUCUCUCACUCAGCUCCGAUUACUGAGCCUCAAACGCAACCGUUUUAACGGUUCCAUUCCCAGCCUAACCAACCUCACUGCACUCAAGCUUCUCUUCCUCUCUCACAACCAGUUUUCCGGUGAGUUCCCCGCCACCGUUACGUCGCUCUCCCGCUUGUACCGUCUCGAUCUGUCCUACAACAACCUCUCCGGCGAUAUUCCGGUGACGGUCAACCGUUUGACCCACCUUCUCACCCUCCGCAUCGAUGGGAACCAAAUCCACGGUCACAUUCCCAAUAUAAACCUCUCCAAUCUUCAAGACUUCAACGUCUCCGAUAACCGCCUCUCGGGUCACAUACCCGAAUCACUUUCGGGUUUUCCCGGAUCCGCUUUCGGGCAAAACCCGUCUCUUUGCGGAGCCCCAUUGCAGAAAUGUAAAGACGUUCCAGCCCUUGCUUCGCCGUUGUUGCCUCGCAACAACACCCCAACAACAAAUGUUCAAUCAUCCCCGAGUUCAAUGCCGGUACCCGGAAACCCGACCCGAGAAAACGGAGCUCCGAGAAUGGGCCCGAUGGUUUUAAUCGCCAUUGUCCUCGGCGAUGUUUUGGUGCUGGCAGUAGUGUCCCUGCUUCUCUACUGCUACUUCUGGCGAAAAGUGGAGUCGAAUUCGAAGCCUGUGGAGGGUGAAAAGAUGGUUUAUUCGGCGAGUCCUUACCCGGGUCAAACCGGAUUCGAGAAGGGUCAAAUGGUGUUCUUCGAAGGGAUGAAGAGGUUUGAGCUAGAGGACUUGCUUCGUGCCUCUGCGGAAAUGCUUGGGAAGGGUGGGUUUGGCACUGCUUACAAAGCUGUUCUUGACGAUGGCAGUGUUGUUGCAGUGAAGAGACUGAGGGAUGCUCAGAUUGGAGGGAAGAAAGAGUUCGAACAACAAAUGGAAGUUCUGGGAAGGUUAACACACCCCAACAUUGUUAGCUUGAGGGCUUACUAUUUUGCAAGAGAUGAGAAGUUGCUUGUCUCUGAUUACAUGCCCAAUGGUAGCUUGUUCUGGCUCAUUCACGGCAACCGAGGACCCGGGCGAACCCCAAUGGACUGGACCACGAGGCUCAAGAUAGCAGCUGGAGCGGCACGUGGUGUGGCCUUCAUUCAUAACAAUAACCUCACCCACGGUAAUAUCAAAUCCACCAAUGUCCUCAUUGACGUGGCGGGAAAUGCACGCGUGGCAGAUUUUGGGCUCUUCAUCUUCGCGGGCCCAUCAUCAAACGGGAGAUCCAACGGCUACCGUGCUCCCGAGGCAUCCGACGGUCGAAAACAGUCCCAGAAGUCUGACGUGUACUCCUUUGGCGUUCUACUGAUGGAGAUGCUGACGGGGAAGUGUCCCUCCGCCGUGGACGGCGGCGCGGUGGUGGACCUCCCUAGGUGGGUCCAGUCCGUGGUGAGGGAGGAGUGGACCGCUGAGGUGUUUGAUCUUGAGCUGCUGAGGUACAAGGAUAUUGAGGAGGAGAUGGUCGCGCUGCUGCAGAUAGCUAUGACGUGUGCUGCUGCUGCACCUGAUCAACGUCCCAAGAUGUGCCACGUGGUCAAGAUGAUCGAGGAGUUGCGUGGGUUUGAGGUGUCACCGAGUCAUGACACGUUGGACUCGGUGUCUGAGUCACCUUCCGUGUCUGAAGAUGCACGUGGAGGUGGAACUAAUAGGUAAACAUGGAUUUUAACUAUUGACCCUACCCUACCAACUAGGGUAGUGUUUGUAAAUCAAAUUAUUACCGGUUUUGUCUUCGUUUUUCAUUUGUUUUUUUUUUUAGUCACUUUUAUUUUAU